UGCAAAUCAGAGUUUAUGCCGUGUCUCGUGUCGAGUUGUUCGGUUUCUUGAUUAAGAAUGGUUAAUAAGUGCACAGAAUGUAAAUAAAGUGCUAGUAUAGAUUAAAGAUGUGGAAAAUGUAUAUGUAUAGAACAUUGUAUUUAUUAGUGCACGGUAUAUAUACAAUAUUUGAAUACGUUCAUAAUGCAUUCUAUUUUGUUGUUAACACAAUUAUUACUAUUUGUCACGAGGUUUUACCCGCAUCUAAGAAACACAAACAAAUUAAAACUGAACUUCAUAAAAUAAUUAAAACACCGGCUCAUUUAACGGUGCUAGUGGGCCACGAGGAGCCUUCUGUGAAAGACUUGGCCAAUUUAAUUAUUUGGUGCCUGGCUACUCAAAUUUCUUUUAUCAGUUUCUAUGAUUACAAAGGUACACUAAAGAAGAACGAAGAUGAACUUCGAUAUGAAGUCGAUCGAAGAAAAGCCAAAGAGGACCAUGUGAUAUGGCAUAGCAAUUUACAUUCCACAUACAGAAAUGGAUUCACCGGGCAGAGAAUUCACGUGAAGAUCAUAACUGAAGAAGACGGUAAAAAGAGUGUUGCGGACUUAACAAAAGCGAUCUCGUUAACUAAAAAUAGAGAGUUUAGUGUAGGUAGUAUAUCGGAGGGCUUACGUAAAUAUUACGAGUUCCCAGACCCCGAUUUGGGGCUGGUCUGUGGUAAAACACUUAGUUGUUAUAAUUAUCCCCCAUGGCAGAUACGUGUGACUGAAUUUUUCACGAUAGAAUCAUUACAUAAUAUUACGUUUCCAUCAUUUAUAGGAGAACUGGUAAAGUACGGUAAAUGUGAACAAAGGCUGGGAAAGUAACGUUCUAUGUUAAAUUAAUUGUACAUAUUUAUUAUUUUUGAGGUAUAUUUAUUGAUUGUAAAAAAAAUUAUCACUGGAAUAAAAAGUUGCAUCAUCUUGUUUCAA